ACUUUGUUUCUAUGACACGCAUGCCCUCAUGUGUUCAAACUCUGACUUUUCCCGAUAGACCCUGCCCAAAAACCGAUAGACUCAGAGAGAGAGAGAGAGAGAAACAUUGGGUUGGGGCUUCGCCAGAUGCUGGUGUAGCUGAGGGGUAUAUAACGCUCCCCCACGGCAUAAUCGGCUUCGCUAUUUCGAUCAUGUUGGGGUUGGAGAGAGCUCGACCAGUCAUGUGAGAUUGAGUUUUUUAGGCGAAAUCACAGUAGCCAAUUUAAGCACAUCUGGAAUGCUAUUGUCUUUGGAAUCCUUGUAAGUCAUCAACAAAUACCAUCAAUUUAAGCAUGGGCACGCCUCAACCACUCUCAAACCAGCAAAGCAGGACUUCCUCACAAGGGCCAGUGGCAAGCACAUCUGGAAUGCUAUUGUCUUCGGAAUUCUUGGAAGUCAAUGGAACAAAUACCAUCAAUCUAAGCAUGGGAGUGCCUCAACCACCCUCAAACCAGCAAAGCAGGACUUCCUCGCAAGCGCCAGUGGCUAUUCUCUGGGAUAUUGAAAACUGCCCUGUCCCAAGUGAUGUCCGCCCCGAAGAGGUUGCUGGUAACAUCAGAAUGGCAUUGCGUGUCCAUCCUAUUAUUGAGGGAGCUGUUACAACAUUUUCUGCCUAUGGAGAUUUCAAUGCCUUCCCAAGGCGGCUUAGGGAGGGCUGUCAAAGGACUGGUGUGAAACUUGUAGAUGUUCCAAAUGGAAGGAAGGAUGCAGCUGACAAGGCUAUUUUGGUUGAUAUGUUCUUGUUUGCUCUUGACAAUCGUCCACCAUCGACCAUCAUGCUGAUCUCAGGGGAUGUAGAUUUUGCUCCAGCUUUGCACAUACUGGGACAACGUGGUUACAUUGUCAUCCUUGUCAUUCCUGCUAGAGUAGGCGUUUCAUCUGCCUUGAGUAAUGCAGGCAGGUUUGUCUGGGACUGGCCCAGUGUGGCUCGUGGAGAAGGGUUUGCGCCUCCUAAAGCAUUAAUGUCCCGUGGGCCUUCUGACAUUACUGGCUAUCUCAUGGGGUGCAAUAUGAAUGACAAUGCUAGUGGCCAGACUGAAGAGGAAGCAAUUGUCUAUAGAGGAAUAUCACAAAGUGAGUGCACUGCUUGGGCCAACUUCAAUCAGUUUUACUGCUUCAACUCUAGGGAUAUCUCAAAGACAUCACAGUCGUUGUCUGAAUACAGCAGUAAUUUGAUUACCAUGCCUUGUUUUCCCACUUCAAGAUCUCAUAGUCUCCCCUCUGGUCUGAACAAUGAUUCGGCAGGACCUGUUGAUUGGGACCAGAAUGAAUUAGCAGAACCAACAUUGUGGGUCCAGCCUGGAGACCUCAAUGGUCUGAAGUGUCAACUAGUGAAGCUGCUGGAGCUGUCAGGAGGGAGCCUACCCCUCACCCGUAUUCCUGCAGAGUACCAUAAGAUUUUUGGACGGCCCCUAUAUGUGGCAGAGUAUGGUGCUUUUAAGCUUGUGAAUCUUCUCAAGAAGAUGGCAGAUCGCAUAGCCAUGGAGGGGAAGGGCAAUAGGAAGUUCGUGUACCUCUGCAACUCCACUAUUCGACUUGACAAGACAAGCUUGAAUACUCCAAUAAGUGUGGCAAGGAGGGAUAAGGGGAAGGAGCCGCAAGAGGAGGAUACUGAUGUAAGGGCAUGUGUUAACACAUGUUGCUCCUCGGAUGAGUUUUCAGAUGAUGACAGGGUCAUUGGUCAUGAGAGGAGUGUCAAUACUACGGGAUUGACUCAAGAAAUUGACAAUCAGUUUGAACAGUUCAAGCAGGAACUACAAGAGCUUCUUGUUAGCUGGAGUGGAGGGAUCUUCCUUGGUACUUUUGAAGCAACAUACCAGCAGCGGUACAAGAAAGCACUGGACUACAAGAGAUUUGGUGUGGAUGAGCUCGAGGAGCUGAUUGAAAAGGUGAAGGAUGUUGUGAUUUUACAUGAAGAACCAGAGAGCAAGAGGAAGUUCCUGGUUGCUAUUACUGGAUAGGAAUUUGUACCAUGGUUGAACAUUUUGAGUUUUGACUCACAUCAUGUCCUUGACCCAUGGUUGAACAUCUUGACUUGCAUAACAUCGAGUGGUCAAGGACUUGAUGCUUAUUCAACCAUCUUGGUUUCCUCUUUUAUGAUGGCUUGGAAAUUCAAGAGAGAGAAAAUGUUCCUCUUGGUUGUGUCCAACAUGGACUUAGGAGGCUGCAUAGAAUGCAUGCAGAGGAACCCUCAUUGACGAGAGUGGGAGUGUGUGUAGCUGGUCAACAACAAAUGGGAGAUAAUCUGUAAAGUAACCUUCAUCUUCAGUUAUUUGAUGUGAUAAUGAUCCAGCUUUAGUGAACUUUUGUGCUUCAGAGCUGGAUUUUAGCAUCAAGUAAAUCCAUAGUAAAUAAUUAGUUCUGCAAUGAGGAAGUUAUGUGUUUGAUGGUGAAAA